AAUGACAAGGAUGACAAAACUUUGAAAGGAUUAUUGUGCAAAUUUUUAGAAAGUUUUUUUACUUUGUCAUGGAUGUAAGAACGAUAAGGAAUAUUCUAGAUCGAUAGCAGUAAAUUAUAUAUACCUUGAUCCAAAUUGUGUCGUCAUUCAAAAUAAACUGUGAGAGUGUAUAGAUAUAGAUCGUUCAUAUUAUUAUUAGUGUUUUGUAUUGGUUGUGACAAUUGCUGUUUGUAUACUUUUUUAAAAUGGAAUUUCCACAUUUAGGGAAGCAUUGUUCAAAAUCGGAUUGUGGUAAAUUAGACUUUUUGCCUAUUAAAUGUGACGCCUGCAGCCAACUCUUCUGUGAGGAACAUUUCAGCUACAAUACACAUAACUGCCCAUAUGCAUACCAGAAAAAUAACCAAGUGCCUGCGUGCCCCCUUUGCAGUAGGCCUAUUCCAGUUAGAAAAGGGGAGCACCCCGAUUUUGUAGUUGGUGCUCACAUAGACAACGAUUGUCAAUCAGAUCCAGCGAAAAAUCGACGCAGUAAAGUGUUUACUAAUAGGUGUUCCUACAACAAAUGUAAAACGAAAGAACUGUUACCAUUUGUUUGUCAAGACUGUAGUAAAAACUUUUGUAUUAAACAUAGGCAUCCCACAGAUCAUACCUGUGAAGGCAAAAAAUCAAAAAUAUCCAGCAGGAACACCAACAUGCAAACUAUGAUUAGUGAAGAUGAAGCUCUAGCUCGAGCCUUAGCCCUUUCUAUGCAUGACAAUGUACCAAUGAGUAGAAGAAGACAGGAAGAAUUAGAUAUGGCUCUAGCAAGACAACUACAGGCAUCAGAAUCACAGAGUACAACAGGACCUAGUAGAAGUUCAGAUAGAUGCAAUGUGUCAUGAAUUUAUAUGAAGAUCAUGAUUUUUCUAAGAACUAUAGAGUUAAAAUCACUGCAGGUUGUUAUUGAAAUUGCAAGAUAAAUAGAUCUUUUUUAUUG